AUGGCUGAGGUGCGACCCUCAGCGCCCGGGCGCAGUGUAUCGGUCCACGCAUAUGAGAGCAAACUUAGCCAACAACUCUCCCAACCUCAUUCAUCUGAUUUAGGUCAACUUGCACCAUCGCAUUCACAUUCGCCGCGUUCACCAAAGACGCGUUCAUUAUCUGAUGCGUCCAAACCCACAUCUGCCACUCAGCCAUCUACUGGCGACCUAAGCCGGCCACUAAGCAAAGACGAGAAUGUGACUCCUGCCCUUCCUGCAACACCGAGACGAUCAAGCCUGCCUCAUUCGAACUUAUCGCUGAACCUGUCUUCCAAGCCCACCGUGUCGCCAUCACUCACAAACCGUGCUCCUCUCUCUCCAAAACUCGACCCUUCCCAUACCUAUGGAUCACCAGGAUCUGUUCUCCCUCGACGAUCCCGAGGCCUAGAUUUCUCCCGCGCAUGUACAAACCUUCACCAUUCUACCCUCGCCGAAUCGUCCCCAGAUUCAUCUCCAACCGUUGGAGGGCGGGGCAUGGCGAUACCACAACGACGCGGAUCACCGAGCGCGACCUCCAAUCCCCCUUUCUCUACAUCAGGUCCGGUCGAACGUACUGCCAUAUCAAGCUCCAUGUCCAGUGUUAACAUGAUGGAGUCGGAUACAAGUAGUAGUGAGGAGGAAGACGAGACGAUGGGUGAUCGCGAUGACAUGAUUAUCAAUACACCACAGGCGACGCGCAUUGGUGGGCCAAGUCCAUUUGCCGGCAAUUUACAAAGCCCAGGGAACGAGUGGAUGGGAGGGUAUUCACAAGCUGCUGCCAGCUUGAUGAGCUUCCAACGUGCGCGCUUCCGUAAAGGUCGCAGUCGUCAUAGCUCCAGCAGUGCGAGCGGAAAUAGUUCCAAGCCUAGUCCAACCCCUCACUCUCCGCCCAUCAUGAAGAGCGUGGAGCACUCCACCGGAGGUUACUUUGCGCCUCGACCGAACGUGAAUGCACGUAGAGAAAGCAUCAGUCUCGUUACCCGCGACCUACGAUUAUCCGAUAUGAGCGAUGACGGUGAGAGCCGCACUACGCGAAGUGGAAGUCCUAUUCCCAAACAAAACUCAGAAGGCGGCGGCGGACCAUGGGGAGUCAUUCGUCGUGCCGUGACCCGACGGGGAAGUUUACUACCCAAAACCAAAACGUUUGCGCGUAUACGUGCCGCUCUUAUGGAGGAAGGUGCUCCGGUCGAUAGCGAUAUGAAACGUGAGGCAGAAGUCGUCCGGCAGGUCCGCGACACUGAACCCGAACCAACACCUGCUCUGGGUGAAUUUCCAUCGCUGCAACCAUCUACAUCACUCGAUUCGCAACCAACAGACGAGACAGCGGCCAAGGCAGGCAUGGACACGCCAUCCAAAGCCAAUUUCAAUAAACAAGCCAGUCGCAAUUCGGGUGGCGUUGAGUUCUGGAACUCGUUUGAUGGGCGAUACCGGACUCCACCACCCGCGCGUCAGGGAGGUCCCUCAUCUGUGGCAGAUGAUGAUAUCUCCAUGGAUAUGACUCCGUCCACGACCGUUGGCUCUGUCACCGCAGAUUCGUUCAAACCUCGUUCUCGUUCCUCCACACCGCAUGCACCGGGCAUGCCGAGCAUUGGAGAGAUUUGUCGCAAACGGCGUCGCGAUGAUGACUUCGAUCCAAAUCUCUUCAAACGUCGUGCUGUUUCGCCUAGUGUGAGCGCUCAGAGUAGUCCGGUAAUGACCCAUUCACAUAAUAUCAAUGACAUGGGACCGAACAUAUGGGGUCCGCCGCCAAAGCCUGGCCUUGGUGCGCCGUUCUCGGAACGAUCAAGUACUGAUUCUGGUCAUCGGACAACUCCUCAUGGGGGCACGAAACGCGUCGGCCUACAGGGAAUGACUGAGGCCAGCGACGGUUUCAUGAAUAUGAGCAUUGAUUGA